GUAGCCUCCACGCGGUGCCGUUGCUACGCGCGGCGACUCCGCCCCCACCACGCCGCCGCCUAUAUAACCGGCGCCCGAAUCGCCGCCGGGCCCCUCCUCCCCCCGCGCCCGCCUUCCACCACGCUCUGGAAGCUGUCCCCCCUUUCCGGAGAGCCGAGACCGAGAGAAGAGCUGGUCGGGAGAUGGCCGGCGAGAGCUGCGUCCCGCGGCCCCUGUUCGGCGGCGCCAUCUCCACCGCCCUCCCCUCCCGCUUCCAGGAGGUUUUUGUUGAUCCAGCCCGCGACGAGAGCCUCAUCUUCGAGCUGCUCGACCUCAAGGGCGAGGUGGACGACGCCGGCAGCGCCCUCUGGUUCCUGCGCGACAUCGCCAACGAGCAAGACGCCGGGGACAACUUGGUGGUUGAGCAUUCUGGGACACUCGAGCUAGCUGGUUUGCGUCUCGGAGAAGCACCUGCAGUGGCUGAAACUUCAGUUGCCCAACUGGCCGUCUCAAAAGGGAGGCAGGGCAGAGAAGCACAGAACAUUGUUCGACUUUACCUGGCAAACAUACGUCUCGAGAAUGCAGCAACUGAUGUACUUAUCACCGCAUACGAGCCACUUUUGAUAAACCCCUUGAGUGAAAGCGCUGCUGCAGUUGCUGCUGGUCCAGCCAUACCUGCUGAACAAGCUGGAUGCUUACUGAUGUCUGAGAUCUUCAAAGUUGCCGUGAUGAAUUUCAAUGUGCAUGAUUGGAGCCUUUUCAAUGGAGGCCCUUGAAGUAGCUGUUUUCUUGUUUUAGAUCUAGUACUAGGUAGUGUCUUACAAACGCCCCUAUGGACAUUCAUCCUGGCAUCAGUAGAAUUUGUCAGCUAAAUUGGAGUAGAAUGUAGUCAACUGAACCUGCUUGAUCAGUGGAGCCAAAUCUGUCUUUUGUGCUAAACGUGGGGCAUUUGAAUUGAGAUAUCCGAUGUGAGACCUAUCAAAAUUGUAAGGGAGAUGAUGCUUUUAAGUUUUGCUGGAUGUUUGAGAAGGGAAAGAUGUCAACGUACCUUGCAUUUCA